UUCAAGUUAUUGAAUUAUAGCGGGAUUAAACGUUGACUAGGUAUUGCUAUAGCCUUCCACAUCAAGCACGUAAAAGAAUAUAAGAACAAAGGUACUCCCAUAUUGGUUGCCACUAAGCCAUUGGAAGAAAUGCCACAGUGUAAUGACCCGGAAUAAAUGGACAUAUUUCCAGAGGAGAUAUUAAAUGUUGACAUGGAUCUAGAACUCGGGGCAGAAGUUGAACUGAAAGAUGAUGACAACAAGCCAGAUGAUCAGAAACUUCUGCUGGAGACUGAUCUCAAUCACUACAACCUGGAUUGCAUUUUGGAUGAUUCAAGUGGUGAGGAAGACAGCUGGUAUAAUGCAGUUGCAGAGUCAGCUACUCCAGUGGUAAAUUUUAAAAAUAAUCUGGAUUCCCUAACAAAUCAACAUGUCCUGGAAUUCCGGAAUGCAAAAGUGCUACCAUUGUCACAAGAAAAUUUGAAACUGACACCUUCCGCAGAUGUUACCACUAUCCAAAAAGGAGGAGGUACUGUGACUGAAACUUGUGUGGUGGAGAAUUUAAAGCAGUCCGCUCCUUCUGCAGCAGAUAUUUCUAAGGAACUAGGAAGGGUUACUGAGAUGAAAGAAAUGCUUGUGCACUCUGUGAUAGAUUUUGAAAGCCCAAAAAAAGUAUGCUCCAAAAAUGUUAUUAAAAUCAAUGCUGUAGAGCUGCCUGUAGUUUUCCAUCAGGAAGAUGUAACCAGCAGAAAGCCUUUUCAGCCCACAUAUAAAUGCACAUCAUAUCAGUCUAAAAAACAAAAAAGGCUUCAUGGAUAUUUUAUUUGUAAAGCAUGUGGAAUGCAGUUUGGAUACAAAAACAAGCAUACAUGUCAAUGUCGUAGUGGGUCUGCUGCUUUCAGCAUAGAGUCACCUAGAUCCCAAGCAUGUAAUCACAUACUUACCUGUAAAGGAAGAUUUAAUAAGCAGCCCAGUCAUGAAAAUGAUCAUGGGUUCAAGUGCGAAAUUUGUGGCAAGACUUUCCGCAGGUAUUCACACCGUGAAUUUCACAGGAGCAUGCACUUUAUUUCUAAAGAAUCUCAUAAAUCUAAGAUGGAGAAUCACAACGUAUGUUUGCAGCCCCAGCUCAGCUUUGGAACACUUUAUUGUACCACUGUUUUCACUAAGAUGUCAGCAGUACAGAAGAAACAGAAUGUAGGUCCAGAAACACAGAAACCUGUUGAUACUGCAACAUCGUCUCAAACAUCAAUAUAUUUCUAUAAACUUGAUCCACAGUUCUUAUCUUCUAAUUCGCCAAAGAAACAAGAGCAACAUCACUGCCAGGUCACCCCUCAUGGUAGGUGGGAACUCAGUAGGAGUAAAAAAAGAACGUCGCUUCUUGAGAACCUGUGGGAACCAUCAAAUCUUCAACUUAAAAUGCCAAGCACAUCUGAACUGAAGAAAAACACUAUGCAGAUGACAGCUGAAAGUGGCACAUUUGGAAAACAGUUGCCCUUAUCUAUUACUUCAUACAAGGAGAAAGUUGGAUUGGCCAUGGAAGAUCCUGCAGUCCAGGAUACAUCCGAAAAUAACUUUCAGUUUCCACUAUCAUCUGAUUACACAGAAUUUAUAGCAAUUAAAAGUGUGUGUGAAAUCUGUGGAAAUGUGUUUGAUACAGCAAGGGACCUCUCAGAAACACCCUGUGAAGAAGACCUCUCAGUGUGCCAUGCCUGCAGUUUGACACUAGUGCAGGACUGUCACAUGUCCGAAAAGCCAAAGAUUGGACAAUUUUAUAAAGAGCCUUAUCAUAAAAGCAUGUACAAUGGAAGAAAGUGCAUGUCUCCUUCCCCAGGUUUACAUAAACCUUUCAUAUAUAACUUCACCAGUAGACAUUCGUGUCAUGACCUGACCAAAACAAUUUCCCAUUCUACUUUAAGUUCAGACAUUGAUCAGAGUGGAAAGGAUGAUUGUAGCAACACUGAAGCAGGGGAUCUUAAAUCUGGAUAUUGUAAAACAGCAGACAUUUUGGAGAGUCACGGCUGUAAGACUGAAAAUGUGUUUUACCCAGGAGAGCAACAUGACUGUGUUAAUGACUGUGUAGAUGAUGAGCUCCAUCAAGAGGUAGGGCUAGAAAAUUCAUGGAAGAAACCUUUCAAAUGUGGGCUUUGUGGAGCAGAGUAUGUUGGCAGGAUCAGCUGUAUAGAACACAUGUAUACUCACUUGAAAGAAGAAUUUAAUUCUCAAAUGAGCCCAAAAGGAUUAGAUGAGUUUUCUGAAAUGCAUGAGGCAUGCUCUGUGGCUUCCUUUGAUGACAGCAGUCUGACUCAUGAAGUGCUGCUUAAUAAUGGACCUAUGUCUGACAGCCUUCCGCCGUUCAUUGGUCAGAAUGCUAGUAUUAAACAAGAAAGUGCUGGAGGUGUAGGUGACUACAGAGUCUGUAACUGAGAACGUGAUCCACCUUUUUCAUUCACAAUCAAUUGUGUGAGAAGGAAAAUUACCUACUGUCAUUUUUCCAAGUCUGUAAUAUGACCACUCGUAAUGAAACAAAUAUUGAUGAGACAGUAAAAUGUGUUUCUUUGAAUAAACUACUCAGAAAAUACAGACAACCACUUAAACAUUUGUUUUCCUCAACAGUAUGUGGCUUUUUGGAUGGCAGAUUUGAUUAAUGGUUCUUAUGAGUGGCAUUUCAAGGAUGAAAUGCCUUGAGUAAUAAAAUGUAGAGUAUACUUUACUAAGGAAGAUAGCUCAAGUCAUACUGUUUGUAUGCAGACCAUCCACAACAGACGGAAUAGGAGAGAAGUUGCUUAAGCGUUAGUAACAGAAGAAGGCAUGAUGACUUGGCUGUGCAGUCCCAUCACUCAGUGUAUAUAAGGAAGAAUCAAAUCAGGAAGGAAAUUUUGAGAACGUGGAGGAAGAACAACUAGAGAAGAAAAUAAAUUCAUGGGAAUAUUUGUCUGUAGGAAAUUCAAACCAUAUCAUUGAUGGGCAUGUUUACCUAGUAAGUAAUGAUCAGUUCAUUCCAGGCACGCCAAAGAUGAGCAUUUACAUUUGUUUAAACAUGAACUAGAAUCUACUUAAGAGAAUAAUCCUGUGAAUCUUCAGGAGAUGAGCUGCAGAUUUGGAUGGGAAAAGCUGCAGGUGUGUACUACAGGAAUGUGAUCAUUCCAUAACCAGUGAGAAGAGCGACUGAGACUUAACAAUGCAAUCAUAUUCAAACACAUUGCUGAGCAGGUGCCAACUGAGCAAGUUCAUUUUGUGAUCAUAAAAACAUUGAAAGAAGCAUAGAGUGGCAAAUUAGAUACUAAACACAAAGGCCUGUAUGUUCAGCACUUGAAUGUAUGUUCAGCACUUGAACUGUGCGAUGCACUCCGAUAAACAUAGUAAUGCCGUCAGAAAUGUGAAAAGGCCAUGAAAGAGCGAAAUAGUGAAAUGUAAAACACGUAUGUGUAGUCCCUUAUAAUCCAGAGUCUAAUUUCAACAAGGAUAAAAACAGUCUACUACAGAGAACAGCAUUGAAGAUGUUACUGUGCUUUACUACUAGCUGAUAAAUGAAAGACUUUAAGUAGAAGAAAAUGCAUAUUUGGUUUACGAGAAAGAGUGCCAAAGUGACCAAAAGAAGACUGAGCAAGUGCUUUAACUGUCUGUGUGGACAAGCACCCUUGGUUGCCAACAGUUUUUGUUUUUUAAGAAACUUCCAAAGUGGAAGAUCUUGGGGUAAACCACACUGAACAGAUAGAAGCAUUUGUUAGAAUAUGAAUAAUAUAGUAAAUCUGAACAAUCAAUAUAUCAUGUAUAAAAUGUUUCGGAAAGGGAUGGAACUAAAAGACAGUGUGUUGCAUUGUGCAUGCUUUGCUGGGUAGUAGGCUGCAAGUGACUUGAAUCAUUUUAGAAAGGAGUUGCAGCCUGGAAAAGUCAUUGUUUAGAGCAGUCACAAGCCUGGUUUACAAGACAUGUUCAAUACGAAAUUAACCCUUUUUCUAAAAUGUAUAGUGAGAUAGCAUGUAGUAGUAAGGAUUAAGGAGUGUCUUACUGAUAGCGAGUACAAAAUGCUUGCAAGGUGGCUUAAUUUAGUAGGUGUUUUGACCUUCAGUUUGAAAUGCACAAAUUUGAAAACAGAAAUUGCAUUUUUUUCCUGAAGUUAUUUGCAAGAUUCUGUAUUCACCAGUGCAAACCACUGCACAGGGUACAAGGAAGUCAUUUUACCUCAGAAUUAGGAUAAUUGCUGCAAAACCUAAAAUGCAAAAAAGUCUGGUCUGUGUACAUCAAAGUGAUCAGUUUUCUGACUAAAGUUUCAGAAUGCUUACCUGGCAGCAGUUUUUCUGCAAGGCAAGGUGGGUGAAUCAUAUUUUUCUGUGCCUUCCUCUGCCAGCAUUCACUAUUUUUAAAAUGGUAGUCCUACAAGAACUGUAUUUUUUUUACUUUGUUUUGUUGUCAGUUAUACAUUAGUAUGUACUGUAUAUGUAUUGGUAUCAAGCAAGUACUGUUGUCACUGUUUAAAACUGAGUAAGAGGCUGCUUGAU